CUCCCACUUCGAACGAAUGUUUCGGUCGCACGAAACGUCGCGUAAUCGCGCGCGCUGUACCGUCAUCGAAACUACCGUCGUGCGGGUGGCGGAGUUUCCUCUUAUUUUUGCCGCGAUGACUAUACCCCGAGACACUGUCGCGUCAACUCGUCAGUCGGGUUUCGAAUCGGCUACGGAUCAGCUGAAUCGUCCGUCGCGUCGACUAUUCUCACCGUUGCACCGUUGUCCUUUGGAUAAGAGCGACCGAUCCAAUUUGAGUGGAUAAAUCAUCGAUCGGUCGAGAUGGGCUUCGGUUUAUCCACGGUCUUGUUCGUCCUCUUACUCAGGCUUUCUACGCACAGUUACCCGGUGUACGAGGAACUUUAUGAAGGCAGUCAGUGCAAGCUGGAAAAUGGCGAUAAGGGCAUAUGCAAGAAAAUACCCGAUUGUCCGUCCAGACUGCGGGAGGUGUUGGAGGGUAAGAGGUCCUCGGACUCGGCAGGACGUUGCGGUUUCGUGGAUCGUAUAGAAAUCGUCUGCUGUCCAUACGACAUUGCUGAUAGGAACGAAAGACUUCGGCCGGCGGAAAUAGCGUGCCGUCAGUACGAGAACGACAUCGGGACGAAUAACGACAAGCUACGACUGGAGGAUGUGCAAUUCCACAUAUGGAGUGGCACGCCAGCCGGACAAGGAGAAUUCCCGUACAUAGUCGCCCUGGGCUAUGAGAACCAAGAUCGGGACGACGACGACAAUCCGGGAGACGUGAGGUACAGCUGCGGCGGCACGCUGAUAUCCUCCGAACACGUACUCACCGCCGCUCACUGCGUGAGUAACGUACAGGAGAAAGUACCGAUCGAGGUGCGGAUCGGCAGCGAGGACCUGAGGAGCGACAACGCGCAACGAAUCCCCGUAAGCGACGUGAUACCGCACCCGUGGUACAAGCGCAGCGCCAAUUACCACGAUGUGGCUAUCUUGAAACUACGGGCGCCCGUGCGCAUGGGGAAUAACGUCAAGCCGAUUUGUAUACAAACGAAAUCCCUGACCAGCAUGGACAUGUCGGCGAACGUGUCGUUCAUCGUCAUCGGAUGGGGAAUUACCAAUUUCGACGAGGGCCCGAGUAACAAGCUGAUGAAGACGCCGGGACUCAGUUUAGUCGACAGGGAGUCGUGCGCCAAAUCGUUCAACGACUUCAACAAAUUGCCUCGUGGCCUGGACGAGAGUAUGCUGUGUGCGCUGGACACGAACGAGACGAGAAGGGCGGACGCCUGCCAAGGAGACAGCGGCGGGCCUUUGCUCAUGCUGGCCGGGCCGAGUCACAGCGUCGUGGGAAUCACUGCGUUCGGCCAGACCUGCGGGGGACCCGUACCGGGCGUUUAUACGGCGGUGUAUUCCUAUCUCGAGUGGAUCGAGAGGCAGGAGACGAUCGUGAGAUUCCUGGACACACCGGAGGAAAUGAUUCUGACGAUACAAUUCAGUCCGGCCGGUGCGUUGAUACCGUUUCUCGAGAUACCGGUGGCAGCACGGACGAAGACGUCGUAUUUCGUAAAGAGGCGUCCCGUCGAGAUUACCAGGGAAAAUUACAGGGAUGUCGUUAUGCCAGGCGAUAUGGCACCGAAACCUAUCGAGGAAUUGUCGGUUUUGGUCGAGGAGGCUUACGUACCGAUACUAUCGAAUCCGAAGAAUCAUAAAGGUUGGCCGUGCGUGGUCGGCGAGGACGUGAAGAAGCACGUCUACAACCUCCGCGGUGUAAUAUGUCAGCUCAGGGGUAAGAUGACGGGACAAACGUUGCUACCGAUGCCGAUGGGCGUCGAGCGAAUAUUCGAUGAGGAACUGAAGACGCAACAAAGCGGCGGGACCGAGGUCGAUAUUCGCUUAAGAAGAGACAUAGAGGCGAUCGUGAUGAAAUGGUGCACGCAGAUCGGUGACACGCUUCACGAGGAGAGCACGCGCGUCUUCCUGAUCGAUAAACAUCCGCAACCGAGCGCGGAAAUCGAGUUUUGGCGUCAGCGGCUCGUAAACGUCGAAUCCAUUUACAACCAGAUGAGGGAUCCCCGAGUGAAAAAAAUGGCGUCUAUUUUGGAGCUGACCAAGAGUCCUUACUCGGCGUGUUUCAAGACUCUCCUGAGGAACGUUAUCGCCGCGGUGAUUGAGGCGCGCGACGUGUGCUCUUAUCUCAAAGCCUUGGAGCCGCAUUUCGAGGACAUAAAAAAUACCGGAUUCAAAGAUAUACAGAUGAAGCUGAAGCCGUUGCUGCAUUGCGUGUGCCUGUUGUGGUCGAAUUCGAAGUAUUACUGCACCUCUACGCGAAUCAUCACGCUAUUGGUCGAGAUAUCGAAUCUGCUGAUAAGCGAGGCCGCGAAAUACUUGGAUCAGAAUACCCUGUUCGCGGAUGACGUUGGAGACAGUCUGACGCGUCUGGAGCACGUCAUCAACGUUCUGACAUACUAUGUGGAAAUGUUUGAAACUUUUCGGACUAAACUGGACACUUACUUCAAGCCGCCGAGCGAGCCAAUCCUAUGGAACUUUCACGACGAGUUGAUAUUCGGAGGAAUAACAGACUUUCAGAAACGUCUGGGAGAGAUAAAGAUAUUGUUCGAGACGGCGCGAGAGUAUUUCAAAUUGGAGAGGAUGGAACUCGCGGGACUGAAAGGAAGAACGUUGUGUUCGAGGAUCUACGAUAUCCAUGAGAAAUUUGUCAGGAUUUACAAUGAAUUCGCAGAGCUUGAGUACGACAUUUUAGCGGCGGAAGACACGCGAUUCACCGAUCAUGUUACUUCCUUUUUAGCGAAGAUGGAGGAGUUUGACAGAGAACUGGCUAGUAUAUUCGAUCGGGCGUUCUCCGAGUGCCAUAACACGGAGAUUAUGUUCAAAUUGAUGUGGAUUAUAGGCUCGAUGGGCAAUCGGCCGAUCGUCAUGGCGCAAUUGUGGCACAACUACGAGAAACUGCUGCAAAGAAUUCACGAACGUUUCGACGAUAUUAAAGUCAUAUUCGACGGCGCCUUUAAAGAUCACGACGAAAUCGAGAGAGGACACUUUCCACCUGUCGCAAGUGCGUUAUGUAUGUUGAGGCAGUUGCGACAACGGAUCGAUUAUCCGAUGCAAAGCGUGAAAUUGCUGGAUCAUCCUUUGGUAAAUCUCAAAAUAGCGCGCGACAUCAAGCCCAAGUACGAUCAGCUGCAGUCGCUCCUGGACGCGAUGGAGCACGAGAUAUUCACAAACUGGGCGGAUAAAGUGCCCGACACCAGCAACACUCAUUUGUCGAAGAGCCUGUUAACGAUACGCGACAACCAGCUGCUCGAUGUAAACUUCGACCCGGAGCUGACGGCGAUCUUGCGCGAGACGCGUUACAUGAUUAUCAUGAAGAGGACAGAUCUGCCCGAGGAAGCGAUUCAGCUCUAUUAUAAAACGCAGUACUUCUUCGAGAGUACCUACAAUCUCAGCUCGAUUGUGCAACGGUACAACUGGAUCAGAACUUAUACUUCGUCCGUGGAGUUUGAGCUGGUGAGGCGAGAGAUCGAAAAGGUGGACGAGUUGAUUCGCGUCGGCCAGGAGACCUACGAUUGGAGCUCUCCGGAGGUGCCGGAAUACAUCGGCAAUUUGCUGGCGUUGGUGCGGAAGUUACACUCGCGAAUCUUUCGCGCUCAAGGGAACAUCGCCGCAUUGAUGCGAAUGAUUUACUCGUGGGCGCUGUCGCCGAUACUGCAGCGUAAGGAUCUCAAGGACGAGAAUCUGCUCGCUGUGGCUGAACGCGACGAAGCCUUUCAAAAGCGAUACGACAAGAUCUUGCAAGCCGUCAGGGAGUUGAGUCGAGUUUUGAACGAAAAUUACAAACUGUUGUUCGAUCUGCUGCCCGACUCGAUGUACGAGGGAGACGAGCUGGACGAAGUGACGCUCGAGAUACUCGAGGAGCAAGACAACGCGGAGAAACGGCCACUGGCGGAGAAAUCGAGGAUCGAGGAAGAGAAGGAGAGAGUCGGCAAAGAUGAUACCGAAAUAUCGUUGUUAACGAGCGAGCAAGUCGCUCAGAUCAAGUGGAGGCCCUACCUCGCCUACGUCGACGAUUCGAUCUCGAAAGCUCUGAUCCAAGCCGUUUCCAGCAGCAUAUGUUACCUGCUCGACGAGACCGAUCCGGAGAGCAACGUGUCGCCUCUUUUCGAGAUUCAAUUGUCGCUCCAACCACCGAACAUCCUCUUCCAUCCUGCGGUAGACCCGGACGAUCCCGAAGGCUUCUACGCGUUCUUCGAGAGUCUGUUGCUCGACAUGAUGAGAAUGGGGACGUUGAUGCCGCGCGUGAAUCCGGACGUCGCGACGGAGCAUUACGGCCACGACUUAGCGGAAGAAGAAGGUAUCGUUUUCAUGCUCGAGGAGACGUGUAAUCGAAUCAAGCUGGGUCUGGUGCAAGCACAGGAAUACAUCAUUACUUUUGACAAAUUUGCCUGGCUAUGGCUGGACGACAAACAGGAAUAUUUGAAUUUGUUCUUACGAUUCGGCCGUGCUCUCACGGACAAAGAAAAGGCCAUGGUGGCUGAAGACUCGGAACACCUGAGAGAGAGAAAGCCGCAAUUGUGCGACUUCAAGAGAGAGAUCGACUACUUUGUGGAACUUUAUGGAAAAUGCAACGCGCUCGAGAACGAAACGGUCUUCCUACGUUGGUUGCGAUUAGAUAUGAGAGCAUUCAAGCAAGCUCUGCUGAACAUAAUCUGCAAGUGGACCAAUACUUUCAAGACGUAUCUCAUCGAUCGUGUCAACAGCGAACUCGGAAAUCUCAACGAAUUUCUGACGAAAGCUCUGAAGAAAUUUAUGCAACCGGUCGCAGCGGACGAUUACGAGGACUUGCUAGAUACCAUAUAUUAUCUGAAGGAGGUUCGAGAUCGACAGUACCAAAUUGACGACAUGUGGGAGCCUAUCAAGGCGACUAUAGAUCUUCUCAGGCAGUACCAAGUUCAAUUCGACGAGGAAACGUAUGUCUGGCUGGCGGAAUUGCCGGAGCAAUGGGCGACGGUUAAGAAGUGGGCGGCGCAGGUGAAGCAGAUCGUGAAUCCCCUGAUGGCGCGUCAGAUCGAGCUGCUGAAGAAGCGUCUCAAUUAUUACGAUUUCCAGCAGCAGAAGUAUCUGGCGGAAUUUCGCGAGAACGUCGUGUUCAGCUUCGAUUGCACUAACGUGUACGAGAAAUUGGACGACAUCAACAAAGAUAUCGUAGAGUUCGAGAAGAAAUUGUGCGAGUUGCAUGAUCAAGCGAAUAUAUUCGAGCAACAGGUGCCGGAGUUUAAACAAAUCAAGCUCGGCAGAAAAGAGCUGAGGCUUUUGAAAAAUCUGUGGGAUUACGUGAAUAUCGUAACGUCGAAUCUGGACGAGUGGAAGACGACGUACUGGAAUAAGAUAGACGUCGAAGGGAUGGAUCAAGAAUGUAAAAGAUUGAUUCGGGAAUUGAGGCAAUUGGACAAGGAGGCGCGAACUUGGGACUUGUACAUACACAUGGAAGAGCAAGUGCGGAACAUGAUGUCGUCAUUAAGGGCAGUUUCGGAACUGCAAAAUCCCGCCAUCAGAGACAGACACUGGCAACAGCUCAUGGCCGAAACUCGAGUAAAAUUCACGAUGGACGACAAGACCACCUUGGAGGACUUGUUGAAAUUGGAGCUUCACAAAUACGAGGAAGAGGUGAAAGAAACGGUGGACAGGGCGGUUAAAGAAAUGAACAUGGAGAAGGUUCUCAAGGAGCUUCACAACACGUGGGACACUCUCGAGUUCGGCAAGGAGGUGCACGAGCGCACCAAGCUGAACGUCCUGAAAAUAGACGAAGAAACGAUCGAGACGCUGGAGGAGAAUCAGGUGCAACUGCAAAGUAUGCUGGACUCGAGAUAUGUAGCCUACUUCCUCGGCGAAGUGACCGAUUGGCAACAGAAGCUCAGUAACGCGGACGCCGCGAUCAACGCCUGGUUUCACGUGCAACGCGCUUGGAUGUACUUGGAGAGUAUCUUCAUCGGUUCGGAGGAUAUAAGGAGUCAAUUGCCGGAAGAGACGAGGCGCUUCGAGAAGAUAGACAAGGAUUUCAAGGAUCUCUUGAGAGAAGUGUCGAUUAACUUGAACGUAGUGAAGUCGACGAACAAGCCGAGACUGCUGGAUCGCCUGGAGGAGUUGGACAGGCAAUUGAGCAUCUGCGAGAAGGCGCUGUCCGAUUACCUGGAGACAAAGAGACUGGCCUACCCGCGCUUCUACUUUAUCUCGUCCGCGGAUCUACUCAACAUACUGAGCAACGGGAACAAUCCGGAGAUGGUCUGCAAGCACUUGCCCAAGUUGUACGACUCGUUGGCGAGUCUCACGUGGAAAAUGGAAGGAGGAAAAGCGACGAAGCACGCGAACGGGAUGAUCGCGAAGGACGGCGAGGAAAUGGCCAUAUACGGGACGUGCGACUGCAGCGGAAAGGUUGAGAUCUGGUUGAAUCGCGUUACCGACGCGAUGCGAAGAACCGUGCGACAUCAUUUCGGCCAGGCGGUCGCCUCGUACGACGAGAAGCCCCGCGAGCUCUGGAUCCUGGAUCACGAGGCGCAGCCGGCUCUGUGUGGCACCCAGAUCUGGUGGACCACCGAGGUGAACAUGGCGUUCGCACGGCUCGAGGAGGGAUUCGAGAAUGCGCUCAAAGAUUACCAGAAGAAGCAGAUCGGCCAGCUGAACACGCUGAUCGCGAUUUUGCGCGGCGAGCUCGACGAGAACGACCGGCGGAAGAUCAUGACCAUUUGCACCAUCGACGUGCACGCGCGCGACGUGGUCGGCAAAUUAAUAUCCAUCCGAGCGGAGAGCUCGUCCAGCUUCCAGUGGGACGAUAAAUCGGAAGAUUGCGUCGCCAACAUUUGCGACGCGUCUUUCGUGUACGCUCACGAGUACUUGGGCAAUGUGCCACGGCUGGUAAUUACGCCGCUGACGGACAGAUGCUACAUUACGCUGACGCAAUCGUUGCAUCUGAUAAUGGGCGGAGCACCGGCCGGGCCCGCCGGAACGGGGAAAACCGAGACGACCAAGGAUCUCGGCAGAACCCUCGGACAAAUGGUUUACGUAUUCAACUGCUCCGAGCAAAUGGAUUACAAGUCGUGCGGCAACAUAUACAAGGGACUGGCGCAAACCGGUGCGUGGGGUUGCUUCGACGAAUUCAACAGGAUUUCCGUCGAGGUGCUGUCGGUCGUGGCCGUGCAAGUGAAAUACAUUCUGGAUGGGGUGAAGAGCCGAAAGAAAACAUUCCUGUUCUUCGGCGCGGAGCUCGAUAUCGUGCACACAGUCGGCAUAUUCAUUACGAUGAAUCCCGGUUACGCCGGUAGAACGGAAUUACCUGAGAACUUGAAGACGCUAUUCCGGCCCUGCGCUAUGGUGGUGCCUGACUUUGAAUUAAUUUGCGAGAUCAUGCUGGUGGCCGAGGGCUUCCAAGAGGCUAGAUUAUUGGCGAGAAAGUUUAUCGCUCUGUACACGUUGUGCCGAGAACUGUUGUCCAAGCAGGACCAUUACGACUGGGGCUUGAGGGCCAUCAAGUCCGUCCUGGUCGUCGCUGGAAAGUUGAAACGCGAUGAUAAGGAACGACCGGAGGACCAGGUCCUGAUGAGAGCUCUGAGAGAUUUCAACACGCCGAAAAUCGUGACCGAUGAUGUUCCCGUGUUCAUGGGAUUGAUAGGAGAUCUAUUUCCCGCGUUGGACGUGCCGCGAAGAAGAUACCUGGAAUUCGAACAGACGGUCAAACUCGCGGCUCUAGACUUGAAGAUGCAGCCAGAAGAUGGAUUCAUUCUGAAGGUGGUACAAUUGGAAGAGUUAUUUCACGUUCGACACUCGGUCUUUAUCGUCGGCCUCGCCGGGACCGGUAAGACCGAAGUCUGGAAAACGCUUAACAGAACGUAUUCGAGCCAAAAACGCAAGCCGUACUACAACGAUCUGAACCCAAAGGCGGUGACCAACGACGAGUUAUUUGGCGUCAUUAAUCCGGCAACGAGGGAAUGGAAAGACGGGUUGUUCUCCAUGUUAAUGAGGGAGCAGGCCAACAUGGCCGGCGACGGCCCGAAGUGGAUCGUGUUCGACGGUGACAUAGACCCGAUGUGGAUCGAGUCGCUCAACACGGUCAUGGAUGACAACAAAGUCCUCACGUUGGCGAGUAACGAGAGAAUCGCCUUGACGAAACACAUGCGUCUUCUGACGGCCACGCCGGCGACAGUCUCCAGAGCGGGGAUUUUGUACAUCAAUCCGCAGGAUUUGGGCUGGAGUCCAUUCGUAACCAGUUGGAUAGAAACGAGAGAUCAUUCUGAACGCGCUAAUCUGUCGAUUCUCUUCGAAAAGUACGUACCACCUCUGCUGGAAGUGACAAAAUUCAAGUUCAAGAAGAUCACUCCUCUACCGGAAAUAUGUCACAUAGAAACGCUUUGUCAUUUGCUCGACUGUUUUUUAACCAAAGAGAACGUGCCGCCGGAGUGUCCGAAGGAAUGGUACGAAUUGUAUUUUGCAUUCGCCUGCAUCUGGGCGUUUGGUUCCGCAAUGUUUCGAGAUCAGUUGAUAGAUUGGCGAAACGAAUUCAGCAAGUGGUGGCAGAACGAGUUCAAAACCGUCAAGUUUCCAGCGGGUGGCAACGUAUUCAAUUACUUUAUAGAACCGGAGACAAAAAAGUUGGUACCCUGGACCGAAAAAGUUGCCCUCUUCGCGCUGGACUCGGAUAUUCCGCUUCAGUCAGCUUUGGUGCCAACCGGGGAGACAACGCGUCUGCGCUUUUUCCUGGAUUUGUUGGUGAAGAAGCGUGUCCCGGUGAUGUUGGUGGGCGGAGCGGGCUGCGGAAAAAGCGUCAUCAUGGCGGACAAAUUGACGAAUUUGCCAGACACUUACAAUGUCGCGAACGUCCCUUUCAAUUUCUACACUACGUCGGAUACGUUGCAGAAGAUGCUGGAAAAACAUUUGGAGAAGAAGGCGGGACGUAAUUACGGGCCACCGGGCACAAAACUUCUCAUAUAUUUCAUAGACGACAUGAAUAUGCCGGAAGUGGAUACUUACGGCACCGUGCAGCCUCACACUCUCAUCAGGCAACAUAUCGAUUAUAAUCACUGGUACGACCGAACGAAGCUGACGCUGAAGGAGAUUCACAAUACGCAAUACGUAUCUUGCAUGAACCCGACCGUGGGAAGUUUCACCAUAGAUCCGCGUUUACAGAGACACUUUGCCGUAUUCGCAGUCAGCUUCCCGCAAGCCGAGGCGCUCACGACGAUAUACAGUCAGAUCCUGGAACAGCACGUGACGGACCCGCGAACCAAGUUUAAUCCGGCGGUACAAAAAUUCGCGGUUCCCUUGAUAAACGCCGCGUUGUACCUCCACGACAAGAUAUCCGCGACCUUCCUACCGACGGUCAUCAAGUUCCAUUACAUCUUCAACUUGCGCGACUUGACCAAUAUAUUCCAAGUAAGACUCUCAACGAGAGAGAAGGAGCGAUUUUUCAUAUUUCUCACACUCAGACUUUACGCUCACGAAGCGACGCGGGUAUAUCGCGACAAAUUGGUGAACUUUGAGGAUCAGAGAAUGUUCGAUCGACUGUUGCUCGAGGCGCUUCGCAAGAAUAUACCUGAACUGGACGAAAAUGAACUGAAGCAGCCAUUGAUAUACUGCCACUUCGCGGAUGGGAUCGGCGAGCCGAAAUACGCGCCUGUUAAAGACUGGACGCAACUUGUGAAAUCACUGGACGACGCUCUGCGCAAUUACAACGAGCUGGUGUCCGCGAUGAAUCUGGUAUUGUUCGAGGACGCGGUGCAUCACGUGUGUCGUAUCAACAGAAUAUUGGAGGCACCGAGAGGCAACGCGCUUCUGGUGGGCGUAGGUGGUAGCGGCAAGCAGUCCUUAUCUCGCCUAGCCUCCUUCGUUUCCUCGUUGGAGGUGUUUCAAGUACAGCUGCGCAAAGAUUACUCGCUGAACGAACUGAGAGCCGACUUGGCCGUGUUGUAUCUGAAGGCCGGUGUCAAGGAUAUCGGUGUUACCUUCUUAAUGAGCGAUUCUCAAGUAGCCGAGGAAAAGUUCUUGGUCGUGGUGAACGAUAUGCUGGCGUCCGGGGAGAUUGCGGAAUUAUUCACCGACGAAGAUGCGGACGGCAUCGUCGACGCCGUGCGCAACGAGGUGAAGCAAACCGGCGCGAUCGACACCAAGGAGAACUGCUGGAAAUUCUUCAUCGAGCGCGUGCGAACGCAAUUAAGAUGCGUCCUGUGCUUCUCGCCGGUCGGGGCGACUCUACGGAAAAGAGCCAGGCAGUUCCCCGCGAUAGUAAAUUGCACCGCGAUCGACUGGUUUCAGGACUGGCCACAGGAGGCUCUGGAAUCCGUGUCGGCGACGUUCCUCGAGGUACUGAAUAUAUUUACAUAUUGUAUCGCACACGAACGAUCGUCCUUUUGCUCGCAGGAGCUGGAGGAGCUACCGGCUGAAUACCGGAUGUCCGCGUCGCUUUUCAUGUCGUACGUUCACACGAGCGUGAACCACACGUCCGAGAUAUAUCUGCGAAACGAGAGGAGAUACAACUACACGACGCCGAAGUCGUUCCUCGAGCAGAUCUCUUUGUACUCGAAGCUGCUGACGGAGAAGACUCACGACCUGACAGCGAUGAUCUCGCGUCUCACUGAUGGAUUGAUCAAGCUCGAGUCUUGUUCCGUUCAGGUCGACGAGCUGAAGAUCGUGCUGGCCGCUCAGGAGAUCGAAUUGAAGAAGAAGAACGAGAUAGCCGACAAAAUAUUGGUCGAAGUGCGAGCGGAAAACGCGAAAGCGGAGGCGGAGAAAACUAUCGUGUCCGAGGAGGAAGCGAGGGUGGCGGAGAUAAAGGAGACCGUGUCGGAGAAUCAAAGGCGUUGCGACGAAGACCUGGUCCGCGCCGAGCCGGCGGUGAGACAGGCCGAAGCAGCGCUCGAUACCCUGAACAAGAACAACUUGACGGAACUGAAAUCGUUCGGGACCCCGCCGGAAGCGGUGGCGAAAGUCGCCGAGGCCGUGCUCGUCCUGUUCUCGCCGAAGGGUAAAGUGCCGAAGGACAGGAGCUGGAAGGCUUGCAGAGUGGUAAUGGGAUCAAUCGACGGAUUUCUAACGCAGUUGCGCAAUUACGACAAAGAGAACAUACAUCCGGAUGUCGUGAAGGCGAUUCAGCCUUACAUCACCGACAAAGAGUUCGACCCGGAGUUCGUCUACUCGAAAUCGCAAGCGGCGGCGGGGCUCUGCAGCUGGGUGAAAAACAUCAUGGUGUUCCAUUACAUCAACGAGAGCGUGAAACCUCUGAGAGCGGCGCUCGCUCAGGCGAACUUCGAGCUGAGGACGGCCAUGGACAAAUUGAAUUCCUUGAGAAGUCGUUUGACGGAGCUUCAAAAGGUGCUGGACGUGUUGGACGAGAAGAUGAGCGUGGCUCUGGCAGCGAAGCAAAAGUGUCAGGACGAAGCGGAAGCGACCGCGUUUACCAUCAAUCUGGCGAAUCGAUUGGUAAACGGCCUCGCGUCCGAGAACAUUCGCUGGGCCGAGACCGUGCAAGUAUUGAAGAAGUCCGGAAUUACUCUGCCGGGUAACGUGCUGCUCGUCACGGCGUUUAUUUCUUACAUGGGAUGCUUCACGAGGAAAUAUAGAGUGGAUCUCAUGAAUUUACAUUGGUUACCGUUCCUCGACAAGCUGCAAGUGCCGAUACCGCGCACACCCGACUUGGAUCCGCUAAUGUCCACGGAAAACGCCACGAUACUCAGCAACUCCUCCAGAUGGCCGCUGUUGAUCGACCCGCAGUUGCAAGGGAUCAGGUGGAUCAAGAACAAAUACGCGGACGAUCUGAUGGUGCUGCGCUUGACUGACAAGAAUUAUCUCGACAGAAUCGAACACGGCAUCGUGAAUGGCCGAGUGGUGCUGCUGGAGAGCAUCGUGGAGACGGUCGACGCUGUUUUAGAGCCGAUCCUGGCUCGAGUUUUGAUCAAGAGGGGAAGGGCCAUCAAGGUAGGAGACAAAGAGGUGUAUUACGACCCGCGAUUCCAUCUCAUCCUGCAAACGAAACUGGCGAAUCCCCAUUACAAGCCGGAGAUGCAAGCUCAAACUACGCUCAUCAAUUUUACGGUUACGAAAGACGGUUUAGAGGAGCAGCUAUUAGGCGCCGUCGUGAAAGCGGAGCGUCCGGAUUUGGAAGCGACCAAAGCCGAGCUCACGACCCAGCAGAACACGUUCAAGAUCACGCUGAAGGCGUUGGAGGACGAUCUGUUGCACAGGUUGUCGUCGGCGGGUCCCGACAUACUGAGCGACGUCGCCCUCGUAGUGAACCUCGAGACUACGAAGAAGACGGCCAGCGAGAUCGAGGGAAAGGCGAUCGAGGCGAAGGUUACCGCUACGAGGAUAGACGAGGCGCGGGAGUCCUACCGGCCCGUGGCGUCCAGGGCCAGCCUCCUAUACUUCAUCCUUAACGAUCUCAACAAGAUCAACAUGCUGUACCAAUUUUCUCUGAAGGCGUUCAGCGUGGUCUUCCAGAACGCCAUUAAAUUUGCGGAGCCGGCGGACAUCCUUGGUAAACGCGUCGCCAGUUUGAUCGACAGCGUCACGUAUUUGGUUUUUACGUACACCAGCCGAGGACUGUUCGAGAGCGACAAGCUCAUAUUUUUGUGCCAGCUGACUCUUCAGAUCCUAUUGCAAACGGAGGAGAUAGAGCAAGUCGAAGUGGACUUUCUCCUGCGAUUCCCUUACUUGCCGGAUCUAACGAGUCCAGUGGACUUUCUCAGUAACGUUGGCUGGGGUGGCGUCAAGUAUCUGAGCGGUAUGGAAAAUUUCCACAAUCUGGAUCGCGACAUGGACGGUGCCGCGAGAAGAUGGAAGAAGUUUGUCGAGUCGGAAACGCCGGAGAGGGAGAAAUUUCCUCAAGAUUGGAAAAAUAAAACGGCCUUCCAGAGAUUGUGCAUAAUGAGAUGCGUGAGACUGGAUCGAAUGGUCUAUGCUAUACGAUGCUUCGUGGAAGAGAAGCUGGGCAACAAAUUUAUACAGUUCCGAGCGGAACCCUUCGAGAAAACGUUCCAAGAUAUGUGCGCGAACACGCCGGUAUUUUUUAUUCUAUCUCCGGGAGUCGAUCCUUUGAAGGACGUGGAGAAACUCGGCAAGCGGCUCGGCUUCACGUUCGACGCGCAAAAUUUCCACAAUGUAUCGUUGGGACAAGGUCAGGAGCCCGUCGCGGAGGAGACGAUGGACAUCUCGGCGCACAACGGUCACUGGGUUAUACUCCAGAACGUUCAUCUGGUGAGAAAGUGGUUGCCGAAUCUCGAGAAGAAGAUGGAACAGCUUUCGGAGAAGCCGCACGAAGAUUAUCGUCUCUACAUUAGCGCGGAACCGAGUCCCGACCCUCACGAGUCGAUAAUACCGCAGGGUAUACUGGAAUCGGCCAUAAAAAUCACCAACGAACCGCCGACGGGUAUGCGCGCCAAUAUCCACAAAGCACUGGAUAACUUUAGCCAAGACACGCUGGAGGCCUGCGGCAAAGAGACCGAGUUCAAAGCUAUUCUCUUCGCCCUUUGCUAUUACCACGCCGCCAUAGCCGAGCGCAGAAAAUUCGGGGCGCAAGGAUGGAACAGGUCGUAUCCGUUCAAUGUCGGCGACUUGACCAUUAGUGCGUCGGUAUUGUUGAAUUAUCUCGAGGGCAACGCCAAGGUACCAUGGGAAGAUCUACGUUACUUGUUCGGCGAGAUCAUGUACGGCGGUCACAUAACAGACGACUGGGACCGAAGACUGUGUCGGACGUACCUCCUCGAGUAUCUCCAGCCGGAACUGGUCGAGGGUGAGAUGUAUCUGGCCCCGGGUUUUCUGCUGCCACCCAGUGGCGAUUACGCGAGCUAUCAUCAGUACGUGGAGGAUUAUUUGCCAGCGGAGAGCCCCGUGCUAUACGGACUUCACCCGAACGCGGAGAUCGGAUUCCUCACGAGCACGGCGGAGAAUUUGUUCAAGACGAUCUGGGAGAUGCAACCGCGGGACAUCGUCGACGCGACAGUCGGCGUGUUGUCGAAAGAGGACAAGGUGAAGGCUCUAAUAGAGGAUCUGUUGGACAAACUUCCCGAGCAGUUUAAUAUGCAAGAGUUAAUGAGCAAGGUGGAAGAUCGUACACCUUUCGUCAUCGUGGCUCUUCAGGAAUGCGAGCGUAUGAACGCGUUGACCAACGAACUGAAAAGAUCCCUGGGAGAACUCGAUCUCGGUCUGAAGGGCGAGCUCACGAUCAGCGCGGACAUGGAAGAUCUGCAGAAUCAUCUGUUCUUUGAGUCGGUGCCACCGUCUUGGACCAGAUACGCCUAUCCCUCCACUUUGGGACUGUCCAGCUGGCUCGCGGAUUUGCUCAGUCGAAUCACCGAGCUGUCGAAUUGGACGGCCGACUUUAACUUGCCAUCGUCGAUCUGGCUGGGUGGUUUCUUCAAUCCGCAGUCCUUCCUUACCGCCAUAAUGCAGCAGACCGCCCGUAAAAACGAGUGGCCCUUGGACAAGAUGUGCUUGCAUUGCGACGUAACCAGGAAGCAGAAGGAGGAAAUCACGGCGGCGCCGCGCGAAGGCGCCUACGUGAACGGCCUAUACGUGGAGGGUGCGCGAUGGGACGCGACGACCGGCUUCAUCGCGGACUCCCGGCCGAAGGAGCUGCUGUCCCUGAUGCCGGUGGUGUUCGUCAAGGCGAUCACGCAGGACAAGCAGGAGACGAAGAACGUGUACGAGUGCCCGUUGUACCGAACUCGAACGCGCGGUCCCACCUAUAUCUGGACGUUCAACCUGAAGACCCGCGACAAACCCACCAAGUGGACGUUGGCCGGCGUCGCGAUUCUCCUGCAGAUUUGAGCCUCCUCCUACUUUUUCUUCCCCCUCAGCGAUAAUUACAACGCGCGUAUGUGUGUGCUCGUUUCUUUUCGGGAGAACAACGACGUCUCGAUUGAUCGAAUCGAGAGCGCAUGCUUUUUCGUCGAGAGUAAGGAAGAGGAACUUUCGCGCACAUCCGGUGCUUUCUUACCGACGGCUAUGCUCUCGCGGUGGCGCGUAUUGUAUCAGCCGACGCGUUUGACGAGUCAACGAUACACGACGACAAUAUGAUUGGAGGGUUCGAGGAAGUGGUCACCUUUAUCGGUUGCGUCGUAAUUGUCCGUUUCGCGAUGACGCAUCUGGUUUCGUGUGUCGACGCGGAAUUUCGGACACGCGAGCGCGCGGAAACGAAAACUUGGACUCGGCUAAUGCACCGUCCUUUCAACCGUUUUCCCGUGCGGCCAGUUUUUCUCUUAAAAAAAAAAAAAAUAUCGUGUGUGAGUAAAAUCAGCACUAAUUGCGUCUUUACCUUUAGAGAUUUAAUAAUCAAACUCUCUUUCAUGGAUAAGCCUUGACUCAUUCGCCGCCGCGUCUAGACGAGUGGUCGGCGCUACCUGUCUCGGAUUAAGAAAGAGUCGGGAAAUAUUUUUUGGUCAUUAAACUAAUUAGAUUACCGGUAUUGCGGCGGUCAGCUAUAAAUUAGCGUUCCAGGUCCUUUACGGUUGCUCCGUCCUCGGCCGAGAACGCCUUCGGGGCAAACGCGCGUUUCUGGUAUUUAUAGGGGACCUACCGGGCGAAGGUGAGAUGAAUGCGACGAGACUUGGUAAAAACUGUGUCCGAUCGAACGUCGGAUCGCUACCGCUCGGACGCGCAGCUCUCCGUGAGCUUAUUUUACACGACCUAUGUUUCGCGACAAGAGUCGAAUUCCAUCUAUAUAGCUCUGUGCAAUAUCAUUCCGACAUAAGUUGUCCUGUAAUAAGUACAUGCCCGUAAAUAUACGACCUGUGAUUAACAAGUCAAGAAGAAGCCACCCAUCGCAUCGAGAAGAAACUUUCGGCCGUCCUACCCGUCAAAAUUAAAGUCACAGCAAA